CUGAGGCCCAGAGCAGCUGAUUACCUUGGCCAAGAUCACACAACUGUUAGUGGCAGAGUCAGAAUUCAAACCCAGAUCACAAAAAUUUCUCUCUACUUAAGACUAAGCACCUUACAAGCAUUGCCUCAUUCGUGAUUAUUAGCCCAGUUUUACAGUUGAGAAACCAAAGCCACAAAUCACAGAGUAAACAGAGCCAAGAUGUGCCUGUGGGUUCUGGGAGGAGGAGCUUAGAGUCUGGAGCUGGUGAGGUUGACCCAUGAGGUCACAAUGUGGCCUCCAUGGGACAGAGCAGGGGCAGGGUGCCCCCCACCCAGCCAGAAGGCAGGGCAGAGGCAGCAUGAGCUGUGGCCCCCAGUGGUGACCGGCCCUGCCAUGGGAAACAACAGUUCUCACAAGAGGACCAAAGUGCCCAAGCAGGCUCACAACGAGAGGCCGCCCGACAUGGACAAGGCUGGGCGGAUACAGCAGUUCUUCAGCCACCUCAAGCGGAAGAAGCCAAGCGCCAAGAUCGUGCCGCUCUUCCCCUCGGACAAGCCGCAGCAGCUAGCCGAGGUGGCGGCGGGCCCCGGCGCGCGGCCUGGGCGGCCAGGCGAGGACGCGACGGGCGCCCCGGUGGGCUCCCCGGUGGCGGCGCCCAUGCUGCGAGGAGCGGGCGACGGCGCUGAUCUGCGCGAGGGCGCGCGCGAGAGAGAGAUGAAGAUGAUCUUGGUGCUGCUGCUGCUAGACGCGCGGCUGCAGGAGGAGGGGCGCUGUGCGGCGGGCGUGCCUGGGGGCGGGGCCGGAGUGGGGGGCGGAGCCAAUGUGGCGCAGAGCUGGCAGCGGCUGUACGCGCGUCUGCUGACCGAGCGAAGCGGACCGCGAGGCCGACCCCGCUGAGGAGCAGCCGCUCAAGCGGCGCCACUGCCCUCGCCCGCGGCCCUGAGCGCCCAGCCGGACUCCCGGACCCCGGCCCAAUAAAGAGCGCAUAGCAACCCUGGCGCCAGCUAGCUCUGUCCGAGGUGGCGCGACACCGAGCUGGGUGAGGGAAACUGAGGCCCAGGGCGAGACGGAAGAAACAGGAGUAU